AUGACGGCCACCGGCCCAGGCCCCAGGCCCAGGCCGUGGGCCCAGGCUGGUGCGUAUAAGGCGUCCAUGAGGCGCUCACUGGGCCCAGGCCACUACCCCCCGAACAUUACCACCAUCAGCAAAUGCGGCAAAGCCUGCCAGUGGCAGCAGGCGCUAUGGUGUCUCAGCGGGAUGCUUGAAGCAAGCGUAGAGACCGACCUCACCAAUGGGUAUAGCGCUGCGAUCGACGCGUGUGGGAGAGGCAAGCAAUGGCAGCACGCUCUGUCGCUGCUGAGCGAGAUAUGCGAGGCGGAGCUGGAGCCCAACAUUAUCUGCUACAACGCCGGGAUCAGCGCUUGUGAGAGAAGCAGGAUGUGGCAGCGUGCUCUGUCGUUGCUCAGCGCGGUAUGUGGGGCGAAGCUGGAGCCGACUGUCUCAGCUAUAAUGCUGGGAUCAGCGCUUGCGGAAACGGCGAGCAGUGGCAGCAGGCAAUCGCGUUGCUCACCGAAAUGA